AUGCCUGACAAGCCGGUAAAUAUGGGAUUGAAAUUGUUCCCUCCCCCAACAAAGGAGAAGACGACUCCAUCGAGGAAACCGAGUGUCCGUCGACAUGCUGUUAUCCCUCAGUCACCCGAAUCCUCCAUUGAGAGACCAGAAUCUCCGGCCUUUGGAGCUGAUGAACAGCAACCGGCUCUUGAUGGCCGACAGUCAGCUUCGGGAGACCGUCAGACCCUUCAGAACCCGAAUGGAAGGCAGGCUCCUCAUUUCGACCAUGCUUCGCCCAUCACCACCCCUCCACUAGCACACUUCGGUCCUGACAUUCCCCGAACACAUACAUCCUUUUCACAAGCUCCUACUCUCGCCCGUAGUAACAGCAACUCGUCGAAUAGCUCCAAUGCCAAGGGCACAGCAAAUGGGUCUCUCCAGAGGGGCGAGCCUGCUGUCAUGCAAUCUCUAUUUCCGAGAUAUAAUCCUCAGAUUGCUUUGGAACACCAAGCGUACUUCCCAACACAAACAAGUCCUACGCACAUCCAACAUACGGUAAUCAACCGAAGACCGUAUUCCCCUAGCAUCAGCGAGAGAAGCACUGCAGGUUUGCAAAGUCCAAUGCCAAUUGGCAUAGCACCAGGUCGAUUUCCCAAGGGACUGUCAGAUGAUUUUGUACUUGAGGCUUCCACCAAUGACGAGCUGAAGGAGUUUUGGAAGGUCGUGAACGGCUGGAGAGUUUCAUCGUCGGAAGGCCGCCGAUUCUGCUUGAAAAUGACCAGCGACAAGGAAGAACCAGUCCAUACUCUCUCAUCAGCGACACAACCUUUCUACACCCUUCGUCUCAUCCCCACCUCUACGUCGGCACAUAUGACCAUGCUGCGGCACGACCCAAAUAGACUCCUUAAAGGCACUGGCUCGCCCAAACUCGGUUCAUCAUCCAAGCCAAAUCCCGGAGCAGAAGUCAUGAGUACAACGCUUGAGGAGACCGCCCGGCGAUUACCACCAAAUGAUGGCCUGGUAGCCCUUCUGUACCCUCGGGCUGCUUCAGACAUGGUUAUUGAAUUGGCCAAUAAAUCGAAUCGUGCAGAUGCUGAUCAAGUUAUCGCGGCCGCUGAACGCGAAUGCGGACGUCUGGUUUGGGACCAUGACAGUGGGAAAUACUACCUUGUACACCCAGCGAUCCCAACACCAUUCGUCGUCUCCAUACACUCAUCUCCCGCUUGGUCAAGAAAAGAGUACAUUCUCGAGCACGCUGAGCUGCCACAUAACAUUGUUCGCUUAGUUCGUGAUGGUUCUGGCUCCGGAUACCUGGAAAUUGAUACGGCUGUGGCCGCUCGAAUUGAUUGCUUUUACGUCGUCGAUGUUGCAAUUUGCGCUAUCAUGCUGGUGGCUGUUACUGAGGAGAAGACGAGGAAUGUCGAGAGAUUUGACGCCCCUCCUUCAAUUGCACCUCUGUCGCCCAUGUCACCAGACCGACAAUCUUCUUCGUGGACGAUCAAAGGGAAGGGGAAAGGGAAGGAGAAAAAGAGUAAAAAGGAACUUACAAUGGAAGAGUUCGAACUGGAUCUUGAAAGCCAGAAUAGUGUGAAGGAUGAAAAGAAGAAGCGAAAAGAAGAGAAGGUUCCGGGUUUUUUGGGUUUGAUCUGGAUGAUGAUUAAGUGCUUGGCGUGGGCUGUAACAAUGUUUUUCAAGGCCAUAGCCAAGAUAACAAUCUUCAUCUGCAGGUGUCUGACAAGGAGUAAGAAAUCAUCUAUAUGA